UUCACUCUCAGAUGGGUCAGCCCCCAAUACUUCCAUCCCCACACCCUUUAUAGACCCCACACAUUCUCUCCUUUCCCUUCCACAUUACAAAACUCGGUUUGGUCUCGACUCGACUCAAUUCGACUUACUUUUCUUUCACCUUCCUUCUCCUUUGUUGUUUUAACGCUCUCGCAGGCAACGACCCAAAUUCAAGAAUCAUCCAAAAACCACCGUAUUUUCAUGGACAAGAGUAACCCUGAACGAGAAACUCAUGAUUUCAUGAACGUUGAGUCUUUCUCUCAACUACCCUUUAUCCGGCCUGCGCCAAAAGAAAAGGGCAUUAGACUUUUUGGGAUAGAAUUUGGAAGCCAAAAUGUUGUAGCGGCGUCUGCGUCUUCUAUUGAGGAAUCGGAGUCAGAUGACACGGUUAUUGCAUGCGAAGAUGCUAAAGAAAACAACAACGACAACAACAACAGCGGAGGAGAAAGUAGCCGGAGAUUUGAAUGCCAUUAUUGUUGUAGGAAUUUCCCUACUUCACAAGCCUUAGGAGGGCACCAAAACGCCCACAAAAGAGAGCGCCAACAUGCAAAAAGGGCUCACCUUCAGUCUAAUGCAGCCGCUAUGGUUCAUGGAAUUGGAGCCUUCUCCGACGCUGCCCAUGUGUAUGGGCUCAUGAACUACCAGCGACUAGCCGGCGCCGCUCCCUCCGGCCUGCAGGUUAAUAAUUACCCUUCUUGGAAUAGAAAUUCACCCACCGCCGCCACCGCUUCCGCCACCAGAUUUUAUGGCAGCCCUGGUGGGCAGUAUUCUCCGGCAGCCACCACGGCGCCUAUAAACGGGAGUCCGUUAGCGAUGUGGAGAAUCUCAGCCGUACAAAAUAAUGUACCGGCGUUUGGUAGCCGGGAACGGACGUCCAUGCACCCGUUGCCACUGUUUUCAGGAGAUGAGAUGAUGAAGGGCGGCAGCACUGCCGUGGGUGGCGGUGGGUCCGGCGGGUCUCAUCAGACCCGGUUUGUAUACGAGGCAAAAACGGCGGCGGACCAAGUGAGUUUGGAUCUUCAUCUGUAAUAAUUUAAUUAAUUGACAAAUUUCCCAAAGGAACAAGAAAUAUGAGACAAAUCCGACCGCUGGAAACGGAUUAAUAACAAUUUCUUUAAUUUUCGCUCUGUAAA